AUGUCCAACUUAUCUAAUCCUCCGCCGGGCUCCCGAGCCAUCAAGAUCCCAAUCUAUGCCAAAAGCACCAGAGAGUUCACCACUUCCAACCGACCACGCCGCAGCGAGCGGUAUGCCAAACAAAGCGAACGAGCAGACUCGGACGCCGGCCCGUCCUCUCUUGGUUCCGAUCACGAUUCAUCCUGGUCCUACAGCCCUCUUCCGGGCCGGCCACAGAACGCUCUCCAGACAGUAGCCUCCCCUCAAAGCAACACCCGAUUUCUCUAUAGCCAUUCGACGACUCCGACCGAGACGUCCUCGAAAAGGAAAGAUAAACAGAAAUCCACCGUCGACACUACGAGCUCGUCACCGCCUUCCGCCAUGCCCGCCCUGUUCAAUCCGUCGACCUCUCCUCUCGGACCCUCGAUGCUAGCCUCAAGCUCCUACAAGUCGAUCAACCUAAAUUCCCAUCAUGACGACCCGGACGAGCCCCCCCGUCUUAUCACCUAUACUAAGCACAGCCAAGGCUUUACUUGGAACGAUGAGUUGUUCCUACCUUCCUACCUCCUGGGCCGCUACGGGGAGCGCGGACGAAAGAAGCAAUAUGACGGGGACUUUGGCGAUGAUGACCAUUGCCCCGUGGCAGAGAUCUUCGUCACUGAUGAGGAAGCUGAGGCCAUGAUGCCCUGA